GCCCAUUAGAUAUGGCUAUUUCAAUUGAAAGCCCGAAACGACCGUGAAAGGGCUUAUCAGCCGCGAUGGGUGGCGAUCGAGCCAGCAGUAGUAGCAGCGGAGAAGAAGACGGCGAUGCCGAAUGGAGAGCCGCCAUAGAUUCUAUCGCCGCCGCCACACCCUUCCGCUGCUCCGCCCCCGCCGCCGCCGCCAACGGACUUCAUUCAUCUGCCUCAAUCACUCAUCCCACCCGCGAAGAUGAAUCAGAUGCUCUGAAACCUCCAAAGCUUACCCACUACCAAAUCAAGGCUCAGAAGCUUCUAGAUGACAUUAUAGAGAAGGCCAUAGAAGUAGUGAGCGACACAAGGGAUGAUACUCUUGAAGAUCCCAUCAAUGGCUGCGGUGGCGGAGGAAUCAGGCUGUUCAAACGUGCUCCGCCAGGAAUAGCAGACGACCACACAGACGAGCUUAAUCGAAACAGAAAGAAGCCGAGAAUCCUUCCUGGGAAGGAAAUCAAAGAGGGGUCGAAGGAGUUCAAAAAGCGGAUCAAAUCAGUUUCGGUUGCAGGGAGUGACAUAAUGGCUGCAGCCAAAGAUGCAUCUCAGAGAGCAAUGGCGAGAUCAGAAGCAAGAGAUGCAGCUACCAGAGCAUAUCUUCUAAGAGAUGAAGAACGUGUUGCAGAGCUAAAGAGAAGCAGGGGGGAGAGAUGGCUGCCCUCUGUUGCUCCCUAUAUGCAGAGCUAAAACUCAAAGGGAAUUGAUGAAGUAGCCUCUCUGUGUUUUUUUUUUUUGCAGCAUUUUUAGUCUAUCUUUGAUAUUUCAGAAUGAGAUCAAUUCAUAUGUUCCAUUCAUCAAUUCAUAUGUUCUACAGGCAUUAAAAUAACUGGAUAUGAUGCAAUGUAAUGAAUUCAAGGGAAAAUGACAUUGUUGCUGUUAUGAAGAUGCAAAACAAUUCAGAUAUUAUAGCCAAAACAGGAAGCUAGACACAAUUCUUCUCUCUCAUUUUAAGAUGACAUUCCCUCUUCUUCUCUCCCUCA